AUACGCCAUUUCAACAGCAGUUAUACCUCUGGCCUUUGCCUGAACUUUUAACUACCUCUUCCAUCCGAUUAAACCCUCAAAACCCUACUUCUGCGAUGGGAGACGACACCGCCAUUGUUAUUAAUUCCGAUGACCUCUCAGUUGAUGAAUCUCCGGCCACAUUCCAAUACCCGUUGAACGCGGAGGAGAUGGUGGCUAAAUCCAUAGCCCCAGUGAAAAGAGAUUUUCUCUGUCCGCCGCCUGUCAGAACUUGCAAUAGAGACGAUAACAGCAAAGCUCCACUGAUGGAUGAGAAGAAAUCCAAACGCCAGUUGAAACGCGAGCGCCUUCAGGAACAAAAAUCUGCUUUGCAUAUAUGUCCAGCGGUAGCGAAAAGCGGAAACGUUGAUUCGUGUGUGUAUAAAGAAAAGUGCCGCUACAGCCAUGAUAUGGAAUCAUUCAAGUCUCAGAAACCAGACGAUUUAGAUGGUUUGUGCCCUUUCUUGAGUAGUCAGGGGCCAUGCCCUUACGGUAUUGCUUGUAGAUAUGCGGCCACACAUAAGGAUGGCGAAACGGGGGAAGUUGCUACGGUAAUAAUUAAUGGAGACAAGAGAAACGGUGAACUGAAUGUACUGAAAAAGGAUGUUCAGAAGCUUUUGUGGAAAAACAAGAUGAAGUUCCCCAAGGCAGAUGAUGCUCUCAAUCUUCUCGGGCUUCUGAAACAGGGGAAAAAGAAAAAUGUGGGUGAUAAUGAUAGUGAUGGCCAAGUUGUUAUCAAUGGUAAUGGAGAUGUUGAUGGAAAGGGUUGUUGUAGAGAAAAUACCGACUCCGUUAACGAAGUGGAUUGCACUGCAGAAGUUUUGGAAGAAGAUAAACCAUAUGAAGCAGAUGUGGCUGAGGAACUUAGACCGCCCAAGAAAACAAAAUCCUCAAUUGAUGAAACUUGUUCAGAACCACUUAUUGAUGGUGAAAUUCUUCACGAGAAAGACACGGAAAAAAGCUGCAAACAGAGUGAACCAGAUUUUGAAAUUAUUAUGGAAGAUAAUGAUAAGUGCCUAAAGUUGCAUCCACGGGAAAAGAAACUCAUUGACUUCAAAGAAAAGCUCUACCUUGCUCCCCUGACAACGGUCGGAAAUCUACCAUUUCGUCGUCUCUGCAAGGCUCUGGGAGCUGAUAUUACAUGCGGUGAGAUGGCAAUGUGCACCAAUCUUUUGCAGGGUCAAGCUUCUGAAUGGGCUUUGCUAAGGCGCCAUUCGUCAGAGGAUCUCUUUGGUGUUCAGAUAUGUGGGGCAUUUCCAGACACUGUUGCAAAAACAGUUGAACUUAUAGAGCAGCACUGCACAGUGGAUUUCAUUGAUAUCAAUAUGGGUUGUCCAAUCGAUGUUGUCGUAAACAAGGGUGCUGGAUCCGCCCUUCUGACAAAACCUAUGCGAAUGAAAAGUGUCGUCGAAGCCUCUUGUAGAGCAGUUGAGACGCCAGUAACUAUCAAGGUACGAACAGGUUAUUUUGAGGGCAAAAACAGGAUCGACUCUUUGAUAUCCGAUAUGGGAAACUGGGGAGUCAAUGCCGUUACAGUCCAUGGUCGGACACGUCAGCAGCGGUACAGCAAACCUGCUGAUUGGGAAUACGUUUACCAGUGUGUGCGAACUGCCCCUUCUACACUGCAAGUCCUCGGAAAUGGUGAUGUGUUCUCUUAUUUGGAUUGGAACAUUCACAAGUCUAAUUGCCCUGAGCUAUCUACAUGUAUGAUUGCUCGAGGAGCUUUAGUUAAGCCCUGGAUAUUUACUGAAAUCAAGGAACAGAGGCAUUGGGACAUUAGUUCUGGAGAGAGGUUAGAUAUUUUGAGGGAUUAUGUGCGCUUUGGCCUUCAACAUUGGGGUUCCGACUCAAAAGGAGUUGAGACAACCCGACAUUUCUUGCUGGAAUGGCUGAGUUACACUUUCAGAUAUGUACCAGUUGGGCUCUUAGAAGUUAUCCCACAAAAGAUCAAUUGGCGGCCACCCUCGUAUUUCGGCCGUGAUGAACUUGAGACCUUAAUGGCUUCGGAAUCUGCUGCUGAUUGGAUUAGGAUAUCUGAGAUGUUGCUUGGCAAGGUGCCUUCUGGGUUCACAUUUUCUCCUAAGCACAAGUCCAACGCAUACGAUAAAGCAGAAAAUGGCUAAUCAGGCCUUCUAUUUUUUUGGUUGGCGUUUCAAAUUGCAGUAAGACGACAAUCCAGCCGUUCGGAAAUACUUUGUACGGUUAUGGACUUGCUAAUCCCAAAAAGGAAGCCAAUUGGUUAAUGUAUUGCUAGUGCAGUUUUUGAAGUCCUGAUUUGAUCAUUUCUUAUUUAUAAUCAACAGACCACUUGUAAAAGAUCAGUAUUUCCAGUAUACAUUUUAUUUAUUCCGGCCACA